ACGGUGUAAACAAAGCUAUGAUGUUUCGCUAACUAACGUUACGUAGCUACAAGCGUGCUCACGGCUUGUUAAAGAAAUGCAUUCUAGUUUGGAAAGUAUUUUGUCUCUGCAUAAAUUAGAAAUGGUUAUAUAGACCACUCUAAAGUGUCGGAAAUGUGUGACUUUAUUUGUUCAUUAUUUCUUCAAUUAGCCCUCGGCAGUUUGAAUAUGGUUAGCUAUCCAGCUACGUUACUAGCAUGCUAAGCUAGCUGAACAAAUCACUGCAAUAUCUGAUAACUUGCUAGCCACCUAUCCAGCCAGUUAUUUAGUUCAGCUAAGGAAUUCAUUAUAGACUAUCUCGUUGAACCAAGAAAAUGGAUAAUGAUUGAUUUAGACAAAACUAGCUUGUUUGCCAGAGAACUUAAUGUUUGUUUUCCGUGCCGCGGCUGGUUGUGACUUACUAGAAAGCUAACGGUUACCUAGCAGCUAGCCAGCGUUCGUGUCCAUGUGAUAAAAAUAAGAGACAAAUUUGUUUGUAAUUAUUGUUUUUCGUAUUAAUUUUUUAAUAUCCUUCGUCUGUCCCGAACAACAGUAAUUUGCUCGCUAGAGUUGGUAGUUGACUUAGUUCACGUGGUAUUCCCAUGUAGUUAUCAGGCUGGGUUGCUAGCCAGCUAAUUUAGCGAGGCUAAAAAUGCAUACGUAUUGGUAACAAUAUGACGGGCGAUCCGUUACUUGUUUUUAUGAACGCAUUGCAGAAACUGCUAGCUAUCUAGCUGAAUAGGUAGCUAAAGUUAACUACUUUGUCUGUAUGAUCAAUUUCAUUUUAACAUAUGCAUUUAGAGUGCAAUGUUCAGCCUGAUGGCGAACUGUUGCAACUGGUUGAAACGUUGGCGAGAGCCUUCAAGGAAAGUGACAUUGUUGAUGGUGGGCCUGGAUAAUGCUGGGAAAACUGCAACAGUCAGAGGGAUUCAGGGAGAAAACCCAGAGGAUGUGGCCCCCACUGUGGGCUUUUCCAAGGUGGACCUGAAACAGGGGAAGUUUGAGGUGACCAUCUUUGACCUGGGUGGGGGUAAGAAGAUUCGGGGCAUCUGGAAGAACUACUACUCUGAGACGUACGGAGUAGUGUUCGUGGUGGACUCCAGCGAUGUCCAGCGCAUUGAGGAGACCAAGGACAUCAUGGCAGAGGUCCUGCGUCACCCCCGCAUUGCUGGGAAGCCUGUGCUCGUGCUGGCCAACAAACAGGAUCAAGAUGGAGCCAUGCAUGAGGCAGACAUCAUUGAGUACCUGUCUCUGGAGAAGCUUGUGAACGAGAAUAAAUGUCUCUGUCAAAUAGAGCCGUGCUCAGCCGCCCUUGGAUAUGGAAAGAAGUUGGAUAAGUCCAUUAAGAGCGGUCUGAACUGGCUUUUGAACAACAUUGCCAAGGACUACGAAUCCAUUAAUGAGCGUGUGCAGAAGGACACAGCCGAGCAGAGAGCCCAGGAGGAGCAGGACAAGAAAGAGCGGGCCGAGAGAGUGCGCCGGGUUCGAGAGGAGAGGGAAAAGAAAGAGAGGGAGGAGGCAGAACGAGAGGGCAGGCCUAUGCAAGAGGACGAGCUUGAUGAUGACAACAUGGCCAACCCCUUCCAGCCAAUCAGCACUGUGAUUACAGAGAAUGAGGACAAGCUGAAGAGGGAGAAGGAGAAGAAGAGACAGAGGGAGGGCCAGGAGGGUGGGGAACAGAAGAGCCCCCGGGAGAGUGACAGCACCGCCCUAACUCAGCAGCUUCAGGAGGCAGAGGAGGAAGAAGAGGGGGAGGAGGAGAGUGAGCGACAGACGCCAGAGAGCACAGACUCAGACCAAGCCAAGAAGAAGACCAAGAAAUUGCGUCUGAAGAGGAAGCACAGAGUCGACCCUCUGAGAACAGAAGAAGGGGCGCCAGAGAGCCCUACCCCUCCACCACCCCCAGUUGGAUGGGCUACUCCCAAAGUUACUAGACUUCCCAAACUUGAGCCUCUUGGAGAUACAAGACGUUCUGAUUUCUAUGGCAAACCCCUCCCUCCUGUCUCAGUUAGGCAGAGACCCAACAGUGACACUCACGAUGUCAUUUCCUAAUCCCUCUGUGGUCGUCCCCCAGUUCCCAGAAAUCACUGCUCUUUCAUUUUGUUUUGUAUUUUUUCUUCCCCUCAAAGUACGUGGUGUAUAGAAGUACACUGGCCCAUUCUUCCCUGGGAUUAGCAAACUGACACCCGAGCAACACUGCGCUGACACGGAGCCAUUUCCACUACCGCCGUUCUCUGAAGGAGCAGGAUAACCUGGACAGACCUUAUCUCUGCACUGCUGCAGAGCAUUCCUUUUGGCUUCUGACUGACAGCACAGAGACUGAAGUCAGAAAGCUGGGACAAACAGUUCACAGUGUUUUAUUGUGUAUGCUUCAAAAGAAAAAUGGCUUUUUUAGAAUGCUUUUGCUACUGGCUCACAGAUUUCCAAAACCUCGGUCACACAAACUUGUGAUCUUUAUUUUACUUUUUAUAUCUUCUUUUCUAUCGCUAGUAUAAGUAUUUGUACAGAGUUUGUAGGCUUUUUUUUGUGGUCACUCUUGUAUUCUUUGUUCACACACACACACACACCUCUUUUGAUAAGAUCUGUUUACAAUGCCUUUGACGUGUCACUUUCAGUGCAAGUCAGACUUCUGUUUUGUAUAGUUGUUUUUCUGAGACUCCACCUUUCUACCCUAAGAUACUAUAGUCAACACCUUUCUGUAAGGGAGCAGAAUAACUAUUAUAUUAAAAGGGUGAGGGGUUCUUCAUGGACGCAUUUUCUGUGGAUUUGUAAAAUACUUUGCCGGCUGGUUUCUAUAUGUUUUUUUUUCUUUUGCUUAACUCUUGUCAAGGACCUUGAACCACAUGAUCUGACCAUUAUUUA